AAUUUUCAAAAUUCUUUGGAGUAUUUACAUCGUACUGAUAAAAACCAAUAUUUUGCCAUGCUGAUUAUGCCUGUUCAUAAGUAUGAGGAUUGUAAGCCACAGAUACAGCAAUUACGACAAAUACAGAAAAAGUUAUUGAACUGUACUGGCCGUGAACUCCGUAGGGCACUCUUCUCUCUCAAGCAGAUAUUCCAGGAUGACAAAGAUCUUGUGCAUGAAUUUGUCAGUGCUGAUGGCCUGGCUUGCCUUAUCAAGGUGGGGGCCGAGGCUGACCAGAACUACCAGAACUACAUUCUCAGGGCUCUUGGUCAGGUAAUGCUUUAUGUUGAUGGUAUGAAUGGAGUGAUCGAACACGGCGAAACAAUCCAGUGGCUUUACUCUCUCAUUACAUCAAAGUUCCGUCUAGUCGUGAAAACUUCUCUGAAGCUACUCCUUGUUUUUAUUGAAUACACAGAGACAAAUGUUGAGCUGCUUGUGAAGGCAAUCAAGUUGGUUGAUAAACAGCAGGGUCAAUUAGCUUGGUCUAAUUUGGUGACUCUUAUCAAAGAUGAUUCACAAGAUUCAGAGGUUCUUAUUUAUGCUAUGACACUUGUUAAUAAGACAUUAAAUGGAAUUCCAGAUCAAGAUACAUUUUAUGACGUAACUGAUGCAUUGGAAGAGCAGAAGAUUGAAGCAGUUGCUCAAAAGUUCAUGAACAGAAGAGGAGCAGAUUUGGAUCUAAUUGAGCAAUUUAGAAUAUAUGAGAUGUCUCUAAAAAAUGAAGAUGGUGACAGUGAUAUUCCAAUUGAGCAACAUCGAAACUUGCGUAAAAAUCGGAGAAGCGCCGAGCCCCAAGUGAAUGGAAAGACACCACGCAAAAGUAAACGUAGCACUAGCACACUACAGCCUACGCAGCAAUACAUUCUUGACACAAGUCAGGAAGAGUCCACAGAGCCAAAUCUUGCCAACGAGUCUGAGAAUACUGAAAAUGGUGAUAGAAUGACACCCUACCGCAGAAGAAGGGAAAGAAGGAGAAGGCCCCCAGAAGAACCUCCCUCUCCUGAACCAACACCAAAUACAGCAGCAACCACAACUCCAGGUGAAGAAAGUUUAUUUGAGCGACGGCAACGAAUAAGACAACGAGCUCAACAAAAACAGGAAGACUUGAUAGCUAGAAACAGUUCUCCACAAGAGGAGAUAUUUUCUGAAGAUGAAAAAUAUAACCCUACGUCAGUUGCUGAGAAAUUGUUGGCCAAGGAUCUACCUGUAUGCAAAGGAAUAAUAGAUCCAUCAUCACUGAGCCUCAGCCUAGAUUCAGUGGCUAGAGAUUCUAGUAAAACAGAGUCUGAUGGAAAACAUGGGGCAAAUACUCUGAAUAUUGAAAUGGUAUCUCCAGCCAAGGCUAGCCCUACCUCUUCCCUUGAUGCUUUCGAGUUUGUGAGCCUUGGAGAUAUGUCUCCUCAAACUAAAUUCAAUAAGCCAAAGUGGUCAAUGACUUCAGAACAACCAAGUACCACCUCAAUAAACUCUUGCACCAAUACUGCUUUGCAUGCCUCGAUAUGUAAGCAUGCAAAGAAACAUCUUCAAGACCAAUCAAAGCAAAAGCAUCAACCUAAAGAAAGUGGUAUAGUUGCUGAAAAGCACUUAGCUACAAUAUCAGAAAUCAUCAUAGACAAGAAUUUACAAUCGAAAGAAAACAUUCAAGAAAAUGACAAUAAGAACAUAAAUUAUGUUGACAUUGAGGAUUAUAAGGUCUGGUAUGAUGAAACAGAUGACUUAAUUGAUGAUGUAAGAAAAACCAAUUAUCAUGACAUCUGUGAUACAAGUGAACAAUGUAAGCUCAAAUCCAAGAUGCUGAAGGAUGUGAAUAUAAACACUGACCCUUUGUGCUCAAGGUUAGAUGCUGAAAGUAAAAAUAAAGCCUCAAUUGAGGAAGAACCAAUUGCAUCUCACAGUUUUGCUGAAAAUAUUGAGGUGGGAAUAAACAAGUAUGAACAAAUCUCAGAAGGAAAGAAAAGACUACAAGCUGUUGUGAUUGACUUUGAAGAUGACACUGCGCAUAGAUUGGCUGAUAGGAUAAUUGGAUUGGACCUCACUGUGGCUGUUAACGAGCAGACUGUUGACCCUAAGCCUAGUUUAGCUACUCAGUUUGAAACAGAUAGAGCACAGUUAAACUCAGAUAAGGAGAACUUACACAACAGUUUAGAAGCAUGUAGUAAUGGAUCGAGUGAGUUCAAUAGUAGUGAAAUCAUGGAUUUAGAUAAUGGAAAUCAUUUAACUGUGAAAGAAGAUGAUACCAAGAAUUAUAUAAGGAUAGAGGAUUUUGAGAGGGUAAAAUUUGGAAUAGCGAUAAAUACACCAGGUGAUGAAUCAAAUUCAGAGGACAUAUCAAGUAGAGAUUGUUACAAAAACAAGGAAGCUAAAGUUGGAAUAUUACUUCCAGAUAUUAAAGUUGAAAAAGAAAGUAAAGGCAAUGUAAGUCAAAACACUAUUGAAGAAAAAUGUUGUAGUAAACAUAAAGUUAAUGAUGAUAUUAAGAUCAGAAAUUCUGAAGAUAAUGUUGACUUAAUUAAAAGCAAUACCACAAGGGAAUCUAAUCUAAGCAGCAAUGAUUUUAGCUCUGAGUUUUUUGAAGAUGGUGUGUCAGACCCACCAUUUUCAAAUGAUAAUGAAGGUAUAGAGCCAUCCAAUUCUUCAAAUACACUUGUCAGCUAUGUUGAAAAAUGUCAUUCAGUGGGUGAUACAUCAGAUGAAUAUUUAUCAUGUGAGGAUGAAGAAAAAGAAAUUGUCAACAUGGGGCAGGAACUGCAAUCAAAUGAUGAUAGUGACGAAACUGAAGAAGAAUUAUCUCAAAUAUUACCUGGUAGUUUUUCCUUGAAGAAUGAAGAACUUCUAAUUCAAAAAGUCAUUGAAAAAGAUUUGAUCGGUACUACUAAAAAUGGUGAAAAAGUUUUAGAAAGCCUUUGCAGUGAUAAUAUUAGUUGUUCAAUUGUUGUAAAUGAUGUGGAUAAAUUAAGUUUUGGCGACUCAGACUCUGGUGUAGGUGAUGAGGAUAUAAGUACCCCUGUACAUAGUAUUGAAUCUGGAAACAUUCAAGUUGCAGAUCUAAGCAAAGAGGACAUUCUCUCAGGUACCAGCUAUGAUGAGGUUCAUAGCAAUUAUAGAUAUAAGGAUGUUGUUUACAUUCAAGAAACCAGGAAACUUGAAGUGUGCAAUGUGCUAGGUCAGGGGGUUAAGUUUUGCAAUCUCUCCAUAGAGGAAAAGAAGCAGCUUGUUGAAACCCAGUCUGAAAUUGAAAAGCCUAAGGCUAAACACGAGGCAGUAGAUUCAUUUGAUGUUGAUAACAAAAUUAAUAGUGAUUAUAGUGGUAUUGGAAAUAUAACCAUAGAUACAGGUGUUAAUACAGACAAAUCUAGCUGUGGGCAAAAUGAGGACGUGAACUGUAAGAACAUACAUGACAUAAAAAAUUGUGAUGAAAAACCUGAAUCAAACACUUGUGAACCUAUUAAUUAUUGUACCAUUCAGAAAGUUACUGCAGGGAAAACUGCAGUAGUAGAACCGGCAACAGAGGGCAACGGUUAUCAGAUACAAAAAGAAAAUAGUGUGCAAUUACAGGUAUCACACCAGGAACUUUUUGGCGGAUAUUAUGGAGAAUUAUUUCAAGGUAAGUCACCUGCCUUGCCUCAUCUUGAAAAGGGUAAUUUAAUUGUGGAGUCUGCAUCGGAUAAUUCAUCGUUGGAUAAAAGUGAGAAAAAUGUACCUCAGACAAAUGGCACCGAUCCCUGCAAAGUAACAGCAGAUGACAGUGCGACAGCAAAUAUGGCGUGUUCAACAAUUCAGCCUAAAUACUGUGAUAUCACUGAACAUGUUUUUUCACAGAUUAGCAAGGAUGAUACAUCAACAGGUUGCAUUAUCUUUGGUGAUAAUUAUAGUAAUAGCACUGAUUAUUUAAGGAACCCUCAAAUGGAAUACAGUUGCAAUGAAGAAACUGAUAAUCUCAAAGACUAUGAUAAAUUGACAGCAAUUAAUUUUGAUGAUGGUAUAGGAACCCAGUUGUGCAAAAGGGAAAAUGAACAAAAAUAUGUCGAUGCUAGAAAUGUGAUGAAGGAUAAAGAUGAACAGGAAAUGAGAAUUGUAGAAGAUGAUAAUGAUGAUAAUAGCUCUGUUGAUCUAGCACCAUUACAUAGUAAAUUAAUUUUAUCCAAUUGUUUUAAUGAUUUUUCUGGGGGAAAAUCAGCUGAUUGUAACUCAUCUACAGUGUUGCCUAGUUUUAAUGUCAGGGAAGCAGUUGACAUCUCAUAUUCCCACAAAGAUAAUGCUGAACUUCAAUCACAAGUAUGUAACUCCUUUGAUGAUACUGAAGAAGCCUCUGUGGAUAGUUCAGAUAAUGACUUUGUAAACCUGAGAAAAACCGAUGUCAGUACAUUAACAGGAGAGAUAAAUAAAGAAAAGCAAGGUAUACAAUGUAAAUUGGUAGAUGAAAAAAUCGAUUUUUUCACUGUGAGUGACACUACUUCAACAGAAAAGGAGACUAAUGACACGCAUGUCAUGAAUUGCAUUACAAAUGCAUAUUCAGAUGAUAGUACUUUUGCCAACCAAGAAAUAAUUGCAGAACAAGACACUUGGAUUAGCAUAGAUAUUGUAAAAAAUCCCACAAUUGAUGAGAAUCAGUCUAUUUGUGGAGAAAGAGAAUGCUUUAAAAGUCAAGAUACAACUGAGUUUUUCACAGAAAUUGAAGAGGUUACAAUUGAACCUGCAGCGGAAGUUGAUACCAUGUCAUUUCUUAGUCAAUGUAUAUCAAGUAAUACCACUUUAGGAGAAGUAGAUAAAGUUGAAUUUGAAAUGAGUGAAAGAAAUGUUGAUAGCAAUCAGCCAUCUACCCAGGAGUUAAACGGGGACCAGAUUUGUGAACCUUCAUUAAUUGAUCAUGCAAAUAAAUUUAGUUUUGAGCCAGUGAUUGAUGGGACAAACAAGACUGAUGAUCAAAUAGAAGAUGUUGAUGGUAACAUCCAUGCCAUAGAAACAAAUGUAGAUAUCAUGCAAAAUAUUAAGUUAAAGGGUGUUGAAGCUGAGGAAUUUGGUGAUGUCUCUAAAUUUUCAACAGAUCUAAGUUUAGAGCAAUCAAGUUUAUCUCAAAGGAUUGAAAUCUCUAAUAAUUCAUGUGCAUCUCCAGUAUUUCAGAGUACUGAAGAUGUCUGCAUGUCUUUGGGUGACAUGCAGAAAGAGAUUUUUCCUAAUGUAGAUAAUUUCUUUCAUGCUGUCAAUGAAAAUGCAAUAGCUGGUCAGGGAGAUUUUCAGAAUAUUAAAUCAUCAUUAGAAUUGCCUAAACAAGUGAAUACAAUAAAUAAUCGUUGUCAUGAAAAAUUGUAUGAAGAACAUGAGUCAGUUGAAAAAGAGCAUUAUGAAGGUACCCAGAAGAAAAAAUCUCCAGAACCUUCAUUGUUUCAAGUUGCAGAGAAAAUUAGCCAUGUAAAAAGGAAUGCAAUAUUGGAUGACAUGCAAGACAUUCUUCUGCUUCUUAGUAUGGGAGAUUCAAGCUUUGGAAGUAUUGACGAAAAAGAAGAAACAUGUUUUCCAAUUUCUGAUGGUACUCUUCUCCAGAGGGGCAGUGAAGAUGAAGAUGAUGAUGAUGCUGAUUGUACAGAGAAGGAUGUUGGAGAUGAUCAGUUUGAUACAGAUAUGGAUGAGAUUGAGAUUGACAAGAUGGAAGAAAAAAUAUUGGAAGCACACAUAGAAGGAAAUUUGAAAAAGAAAGUAACAGAUGUGAUACAUCCUCAAAAUAAUGAAGACACAAUUUGUCUCAAUCAUAGAGUCAUUGGUCAUGUUGAUUCAAGUGAAUCCACUAGUCUUGAAUCCACAGGUACAUCCUCAUUUCAGUCAGAUAAACGUGAUUGGACUGAUUUGACUGGUCGCUCCUACAAAACACAUCGAAGUGGCGAAGAAGACGACUUACUCAAAUUACUCUCAGCUGGAUUCAGUGAACCUCCAAAAAUUGACAAUCAACAUCAAGAAAGUAACAGUCAAUUAAUUUUGGUUGAUGAUAGGUCUAUUAAUUCAUAUGUGAUUCAUAACAAUGUCGAAUCUAAAGAUGAUGUACAUUCUGCAGAUGAUGAUGUGUCCAUUAAUCCAAAUUGCAGUGAUGUUCAACAAUGUGACAAAGGUAUGCUGCAGAAGAAUGUAUCAGUUGAUUGUAAUUUAAAUAUUUUGAAAAGUGUGAAAGACAAUUUGGAAGCCAGUUGUGAUGCAGAGAUAUCUGAUGGUGUUAAUGAUAAUAAGAUUUCAGUUGAAGCUGGUGUAUAUGGUUUAAACUCAUCCACAUCCCACACUGGUGGUAUAGCUGAUCAGGAUGAAACCAAGGGGGAAAUAGAGAAACAAUUAAAUUUAAAUGUUAAGGUUAGAGUGGAAAAGUUAAAAUCCAAAAUGCAGCAGGAUGAAGAAGACGAGGUUCUUAAGUUCUUAACAUCUGGUGUAUCAUUUCCUGAUGCAGUUGAAGAAGAUCUACCAUUUGUUCCAGUUGGUAGAAGAAGAUGGAAAUGGCAAUAUAAUGAAGAAGAAUCAAACCAACAAUUAGAUGCAAAACCAGCAUUAAACGAAUGUAAAAAAUAUUUUGAUCAAAGUAUUAUUAAAGAUGAGUCGUCUAAACUAGAGUUUGAUAAAGUUAACAAGCCAAAAGAAAGGAUUGAAAAGAAAAAAGAUGAACGAAAGAUUCCCCCAAUGAGUUUUCAAAAAAAAAAACCGUGGAAAGAACAAUUAGAAGAGGAGGUUAUUACUGUUAAGACAAUUCAGAUUAAGAAGGCGAAGAAGAACGUUGAAAAGAUUGACAGUGAAUUGUUGAAGAUAUUGAAAGAUGGUGCUAUAACUGAUCAAAUGAUAUUGGCAGAGAAGCUAAACAAUAAAAGGAAAGUGGAAAGGCGAAAAAAACAGAAAGAAGAAGAAGAUGCUCUUGCCAUUUUGAAAGGAGGACUUGAAGAUUUUGUAGUACACCAUGAAAAUUUAUCUUCUGACACUGCUGAAUGUUUGGAAGAACAAACAGUUGUAUAUGAUGUUGAAACUAAUGCAAAAAUAUCUGAUAAUGAAGGCUUGUCAAAUGAUGAAUCUUUUUCUGAAGUCCCUUGUGUAAAAGUGUAUAAAGAACAACCUAAAACAGAGGAAGAAUUGCUACUAGCAAUGUUAUCAUCUGGUCCAACUAAUGAUCAGGAGUACUUGGCUGUUAAAAUAAAAGCAAAGGAAAAAGAAAUUCAGAAGAGAAAAACAGAGGAAGAAGAUUUGUUUCUUCUCUUGAGUCAAGGAAAUCAAGAUUUGGCAACAGAAAACGAUUUUCAUAAAACUAAAUAUAAUGAUGAUAAUAUUUGUACUGAUCCAGCCAUAGAUGAAAAAAGUGAUAUAGAUCAAAAGGAUAUAGACAAAACUACGAAUGAAAGUGAACAUGUUAAUACUACGUUGCAAAAACACAUAGUAAAUGAAGAAAAUGAAAAUCUUCCAUUAUUAAAAGAUGACCGUAAUAUUGUUGAUGAAAGUGAUAGGAAACUUCAGAACUUAGUAGCUGAAAAGUCAGAGGCUUGUAAACAAAUCAAAGUUAUAGAAAGUUUAACAUUUAAGAAAGAACAAAUUGUUAAGGAAGAUGAUAUAGUGGCCCUCUUAAGAAGUGGAUUCUCUUCUUCGAGCUUGGAAAGUGAAACACAUCAAGAAGAAAGUUCUGAGGUAUUACAUCAAAAUGGAAAUUUAAAGAAAUCACUUGCAAAAGAAAAUACAUCUGUAAAUGCUACAUCUAACACAAAAGAGAACCUUAGUUAUUCAGUAUCUGCUUCAUCUAAAAGUAUCCCAAAAAGUAAUUCAAACGAGGAAGACAUCCUUAGUCUUUUGAAAGCUGGUUUUUCAAACAAACAAUUAGCUGAAGUUGAAAGUGAAAUUAAAUCCAUAGAAAACAGAAGACCAAGAAGAGUUGGCAAGAAAAUUAAAACUAAAGAGAAAGUUGGAGAAAAUACCAUUUUGAAGGCUGCACCUCCAAAUAGUCAGGUAGUUGAAAUUGAAAGAAAUGUUGAAACUGAAAAAACACCAAGAAUAUUUAGGAGGCAAAAUGCUGAAGAGUUUAAAAUAAUAUGUCAACCUCCAUUGCCAGAUGCAUUGGAACCUGAAUUGCCGAAUACAGUUAGUAAUGAGGAUGCUGAUGCUGUAUUUCCAUUGCUAAAAUCUGAAAAUGAACCAGCUCCAAUUCAAUCAUCCAUGAAACAUAAUCAAAACGGUAUAGAUAUUGCAGUAAAGAGCUUGCAAAAGGAAAGUUCGAAGAUAGUAUCCAGUGAUUCAAACUUACUAUGGACUGUUGAAGUCAGACCGGCUCUAAAAGGUAUCCAAGAGGACACUAGUGAAAUGAUACAAGACAUGCAUUUAGAAUCACAAGUCACUGACAAAGACUAUGAAGACUUGGGCACUCUGUCACAGAACACCUGGUGGUCUGAAACAGCAGAUAGUCCUCAGUGUAGUCCUUACAAAACAUUUUCUCCUUCUGAAAAACUUUAUAACAAUUGGUGGAGCAUGCACCAUGUAAAAAAAUCACACACGACAAUAAAGGAAGAGCCAGAAACUGAUCAAUCACAAGAGACACAACCAAAAGGGAAGGUUCUAUCAUUCGAACCUAACCCAAGUAAUAAUCCUUCUUGUGAUACCACUAUCUCUGAAGAGCCUAAGGAUGGAAUUUCUUGUUAUAGAGCUAGAAGAAGAAAUCAAGAGAAUGGUGAUGAAAUUAUGGCAUUAUUAAUGCACGGAGACUCCACAUCUGAUGCUAAUAAAGCAGAUUCCAGCAGAUCCAAGGAUGAAAUUUCAAAGUCAGAGGUUACAAAAGAUGAUAGCAUUAACAGCAGAAGCAUCAUCAAGAACAAUAUCUCACAACCUUCUUGUUCGGUAGUAUCUGGGGCAAAAACCCCUAAAAAAACAACUGUAGUGGAGAAGAAAAACUCGAAAGCUGAUGAUGAGGAUGAUAUUUUGAAGUUGCUGUCGAAAGGUGACUUGUCUCCCCCGACAAUGAUAACCACUCACACAGAGGAACUUGUUCCAUAUAGUUCUCGGAGAUGGCGGCCUCGGUUCCCGAAGCAUAAGGCUACCAGUGAUACAGAUGCUGGGGAUGAAGAGUCUCAUAAACAGGAAGUUGAGGGCCAACUGGAUGAAGGUUAUGAUACCCUACCUAAGCAAAUUAAUGGCGAGACACCUAAAGCUGAAACUGAUAGUGAUUACUUAUCUGGGUGGCGGCGCAGAAGGCGUGAAAGGGAAGAGAGGUUAGCAUCACUGACAACAGUAACGACUAUAACGCCUAGACGAUCAAGAAAAAAUGGAGAAACAGAAAGGCCUACAACAACUGUAGCAAGUGAAGAAUCAUCAACAGUAACAGCAUUAACAGCCAGACGAUCAAGAAGGAAUACAGAAGCAGAAACACUUACAAAGACUGUUUCAAGUGAUGAAUUAUCGUCAUCAACAACGAUAACACCUAGGCGAUCACGAAAUAGCGAGGAGAUUGAAGUAUCGCCAACUCCUGUGUCAAAUGAAGUGAAAUCCAUUCGAAGACGCAGACGCCGGCACGAAGGAAGCGAUUCGACAGAUAGUCUAUCCACAACAACAACAGAAUGUCAACCUGAUCCAGAGGUUCAACAAACACCAAUUAUUGAAGUCCAAACUUUAGGACAAGCACGCUAUCGUCUAUACACAUAUUACCAGUCAGGAACUUCUAAGGCAUCCAUGACUUCUCAAACACUUCUUGCACCUGACACCUUGCCAAAUGGAAUCGCAUCCAGGAGAAGACGGAGCAAACAAGAUCUUGAUGAAGCAUCCGAAAAAGAACGACGGAGGGAGAAAGAUAUUGAAAAAGAAGAGUGCUCGCUCUCAAGUUGUUCUUCCUUGUCAAGUCUGAACAAAGAAGCAGGAGAUCGGUCAUCGUGUGCUUCCAGCAUUUCUAUUGAAAGUACGGGAUCAAAUGAGAAAGUUCCUUUACAUUCAAGUCAAAAAGUACCUAGCAGCCCUUCUGAGCCUCCUGCCAAUCAUCUAGUGCAAUCAUCGAAAACAAACCCUGUUGAAGAUACAAGGCCAGGACAAUGUCAAGUUGCUGAACCUGUCCAGUCAGGGUCACAGCGACUAGUCAAUGGACCACAAACACCCCAAAGUGCUGGACUUUCAGAUACUAAACGUUAUAUCUUAGAUAUGACAUAUACGACCGCUUCACCCACACCGCACUCACGAAAGGUUUCCACUUGCCUUCACAAUUCACCAUCUAUUAUAAAACGGAUGGAGAGUUUAAAGUCACCCUCUACUCCCUUGUCACCACAACAGAUAGAAGUCCUAAAUAACAGUGGCAAAGUGCAAUCUGUUCAGGAAAAACUGCAGUCGCAAUCAUCACUUGAGGAGUCCACAGGGGAAGAGGCAGGUCGCCGCGGUGAUGUCAGUGGUGCUAUUAGCCAAGCCAUUCAGGGCUUAAGUCGGGCAAAUCAACCAGGUUCAAUUCCUGAAGAGGAAGUUAUACCAAAUCCGCAAGAAGUACGGAAAAAGGAAUGGGAAAAAAUCUUGCAUAUGAACAAACGUGAACUGCGUAUUUUGAAUUGGGACUUCACAGACUUAAGCACAGAAGAUGAUGAAGAUAUUUUAGACUUAACACCAAUGUAUCUUAUAAAUGGUAUACCACCACCACCUCCUCCAGUCAGUGGUGCUGGUGGGAUAAAACCAGCACCAAUGUUCAUGCCACCACCCCCACCUGUAAUCAAUUGCCAAAACAGUACACUGAAAAGAACAGCUGAAUUUCCCAAUAAGAAAAAGAAAACUGUCCGUCUUCACUGGAAGGAAGCUAACUUGGAGCAUCCAGUCUUCUCCUCCAUAAAGGAAGGCUCUCGAAAGGGAACAAUAUGGGAAACUCUGUCUUCAGUAAAAUUAGAUUGUGAUAAACUUGAACACUUAUUUGAGAGUCGCACAAAAGAUCUACCAAUCAAGGAGCAGAAAACAGAUUCAGUUAAGAAAAAUGUUAUAACUGUGUUAGAUCACAAACGAUCAAAUGCUAUCAACAUUGGAUUGACUGUUUUACCUCAACCACGCACAAUCAAACAAGCUAUUUUAAAUAUGGACAGUGUUGCCAUCAAUAAAGAAGGAGUAGAGAAACUAUUGACUCUAGUUCCUUCUGAUGAGGAGAUUAAGUUAAUCCAAGAUGCCAAAGCAGCUCAUCCUGAUGUACCACUGGGAUCAGCUGAACAAUUUCUAAUAACCAUGUCUUCAGUGAGUGGAUUAAAAGCAAGACUUAAUCUCUGGCUAUUUAAGAUGGAUUAUGAAACAUUGGAACAGGAGGUGGCUGAACCACUUGCAGAUUUGAAACAGGGAAUUGAAGAUUUAAAAUCUUCCAAAACAUUGAAAUACAUUCUUGCCACACUGCUUGCCAUUGGUAACUUCCUCAAUGGAGUACAGGCUAAAGGUUUUAACAUAGAGUAUCUUGCCAGAGUACCUGAAGUAAAGGAUACGGUCCAUAAACAGUCCCUUCUUCAUCAUCUUUGUAGCAUGGUGAUGGAAAAGUUUCCUGAUGGUUCUGAUCUUUACAGUGAAUUAGCAUCUAUUAGUCGAUGUUCAAAAGUUGAUUUUGAGGCUCUUGCCGAUACACUAGAAAGGAUGGAAAUUCAGUGCAAACAGUCAUGGGAACACCUUCGAGUCAUCUCCAAACAUGAUAGCCAUUCCCAACUGAAAAAUAAAUUACAAGAGUUUUUAGCAGACUCUGCACAAAGAAUUAUUGUUCUUAAAAUUGUACAUAGGAGAGUUAUUAAUAGGUUUAAUAAAUUAUUACUGUACUGUGGGUUUACCCCAAACACAGCAAGUGACAUGAAAGUUAACGAAUUUUGUAAGGUGCUAAGUGAAUUUGCUUUAGAGUAUCGGACCGCUAGGGAACGUGUCCAAGAACAAGAAAAGAAAAAAGAGAAUCACAGAAAGAGAAAUAAAACUAGAGGAAAAAUGAUUGUUGAGAAAUUUACGGGGAAGGACAAAGAAGAAGAUGCCAAGCUACAAAAACUACUCAAAGGUUCUGGAACCACCCCUGGCGAUGAUGCACGUAAAGCAAGGUCAAAAAAAGUCGCAGGUCGACACAGUAUGCCAGGAAACGAGGAGCCAUCUGAAGAGCAGGGUGAUGAAAUGAUGGAUAUCCUCGUCAAGUCUGCCACCGCACCUAGCAACCGUCCACCUCGGGAACGCAAACGGACCAGGCAUGGCAAUAGAAAGUCAUAUGAAUUUGGGCAUUUUACCUUGUAAGAAGAGACUGUAUCACAAUUGCAGGCUUGUUACGUCGAACAUUAAAGGGUGGUUUAUCAGAAGAGGAAGCAAAAGCACUUGGAAUUGUAUCUAAACAUGAAACUAUGAAGGUCUAGGUACAUGGAUGCCAAGAAAACUGCAUCAGUGCGAUAAAUGACACCAGAACAAAUUUCAUGUUACAGGGUAAUGUUUGGUACUAAUAUUAAGUGAACUUAAAUGAAUAUUUGAGUUGGAUGUAGAUGAAAGGAUGUAAAGGGUUGUCCACGUAAACACUGCAAAUGCAUAUUGCAGAAACUUAAAUCACAUCUACUGUUACCAAAAUAUAUUGCAUCAUAGAUGUUAGAUAAAUGAAAAAAUAUAUAGUUAUAAUGCACUGUUAUAAAUCCUAUUGAAUUUUGUGUAUUGCAGCACACCGUAGGUUUUCUGUUUCCUAUACAGCUUCCUGUUUUUAUGUAAUAAAAAAUUAUGAUUAAGUAUUACUAGAGUUGUUGGCAAAUUUAUGGAAUAUUUUAUUGUAAUUUUGUUGUUCUUCCAAUAAUUAUUGUUUGCUUAUUUCUUUUAUUGAUCCAUCAAGAUAUGAGAACAAUGAUUUAAAGAGAACUCUUUACAUUGAUUCAGUGUCUUCAACAUCUUUGAUGAAAAACAACUACAACAUAUCUGUUUUGAUGAAACUAUUUGUUUGUUUUUAGUUAUUGUUUAAAUAAUCAUGGAGGAAAGUUCUUUCGUCAUGAAAUAAUCAUGGAGUUAAGUUCCUAUUUAAAACCCGCCUAGUAUGGUCAUGGAUAUACAAGUGAACAGAUGUCAUUUUGGACUUACUGUGGUGC